GAGUAAAAACCUCAUCUGUAGCAACCUCCAUCUUUGCACUUGAUUGUUUUGGAAUCUCGACAAUGAAAUUGAAUACACCAUCUCCCAAAUGCAAUGGUAUAUCAUGCCAUGGGGAAAUCUGCACACAGAAUAAAUCGUCGAGGAAGAAUACGCGCCGGCUUUUUUGCCCCGACGACCUGUUGUUGCUUUUGAAGAGGAAACUGAGGCUUCGAGGUUUUCCUCUCAGCGGAGCUCUCGAGAGCAGACUGCCGGAGAUGGCGUGGCCCGCCGACGCAAUCACUCUCGUGGCCGCCAUUUUUGUCGAUGAGCGAGAGAGCUCUGUGGGCCGUAUUUGCAGCAGCUCGACACGCGGCCUGAAGAGGAAAAACGUUAAGAAGCUGAAGGACAGAACGCAUAACCCACCUUUAGUUCGGGGGAAGCAGGGUGCCAUUGGGGAGGGCCACUUUCCG